AUAUACUUAGAUCCGGCAGGGCCUGCUGCACAGACAGUCAUCAGUUGGAAGAACGCUUGGAACAAACAUGGCUUAAAAUGAAACAGGCUAAGGCUUUGAGUCACUUUAUCUAAGGAAGCUGUUUUCUUGGUGGGAGAAUUAACCAUGAAAGAUUUACCAUACAUUCCACUUCUCCCUAUCUUCACUUUGGCGGCACUGGGCUUGGCUGAAAGACUCCCCAAAGCUCCUUUCAUCACUACUCCCCUUGAGACACUGGAUGCAUUAGUGGAAGAUGUCGCCACUUUCAUGUGUGCAGUUGAUUCAAAUCCCUCAUCAGAGAUCACAUGGACAAGGAAUAACAUUCCUAUCAGGAUGUUUGACACACGUUACAGCAUUCGGGAAAACGGCCAGCUCCUGACCAUUCUGAGUGUAGAAGAAAGUGACGAUGGCGAGUAUUGCUGCAUGGCUAAAAAUGGAGUAGGAGACCCAGCAGAAAGCUGUGGGGCUUUGCAAGUGAAAAUGAAGCCGAAAAUAACCCGCCCACCAAUUAAUGUAAAACUUAUCGAGGGGGUAAAGGCUGUUCUUCCAUGCAAUACACUGGGAAAUCCCAAACCUUCUGUUUCAUGGUUAAAAGGAGAGAACACUGUAAAGGAAAAUGCUCGCAUAGCUAUUCUGGAAUCUGGAAGCUUAAGAAUCCAGAAAGUACAAAGGGAAGAUGUUGGGCACUAUCGAUGUGUAGCAAAAAACAGUCUGGGAACUGCAUAUUCAAAAGCAGCAUUACUAGAAGUGGAAGUGGUUGCCCGGAUCCUGAAAGCUCCAGAGUCACAGAAUGUCACAUUUGGGGCAGAAGUAUUUCUACAGUGUACAGCCUCUGGCCUACCAGUUCCUUCCAUCAGAUGGUUUGAGAAUGGUAAACCAGUUCUCUCUGAAUUGGUUGAUGAAAAUAUCAGAGAUGGAGUAAUUCUCUCAAAGUUGCACGUGAUUGCCACUAGACCAGGACUGUUUACCUGCAUGGCAGAUAACAAACAUAGUGGAAGUUUUGGCACUGCAAAAGCUGCAGCAACAAUCAGUAUAUCAGAAUGGAGGUUGUACAAAGGUGACGGUGGCUAUUGCAGUACUUACAGAGGGGACGUAUGUAGUUCAGUACUUGCAAAGGAUUCCUUGGUCUUCUUUAAUUCAUCUAACGCUGAACCAGAGGAGAGCCAAGAGAUGCUUGCUCAAACAACCUGGAAUGAACUUAAAACUGUAAGCUCCUUUUGUCGCCCCGCUGCUGAAGCAUUUCUGUGCAACUAUUUCUUCCAAGAGUGUAACCCUACUGGGGAAGGGCCAACCCCUAAACCAAUGUGCAGAGAACACUGUCUUGCAGUAAAAGAUCUAUACUGCUUUAAAGACUGGCUCUCCAUGGAAGAAAACUCUCGUAAAGGAAUUUAUAAGCAUGGAUUAAUGUUACUUGCACUUCCUGACUGUGAUAAACUUCCAAGGAUACAAAACAACCCAAAAGUUUGCACUAGGAUUCCAUUUUUUGAAUUACAUAAAGAGAAUAUUACAAGAACAUGUUACAAAGGAAAUGGAAGACAUUAUCAAGGAAGUAUCAAUACAACAACAUCUGGUAUUCCUUGCCAGAAAUGGAGUCAACAGCUGCCUCAUUUGCAUAGACGUUUACCUGAAGUCUUCCCAGAGCUGUCCAAUUCUGACAAUCAUUGUAGAAACCCCGGUGGAGAGAGUGAACGUCCUUGGUGCUACACAACAGAUCCGAAUGUUCGAUGGGAAUACUGCAAUGUGCCAUUAUGUGGAACAAGCGCAGCAAAUUUUCCAGUAACAACCAAAACAGCUUUUGGGCCACCAGUCAUGCCAUCCACAUCUUCAUCAUUUUCUCCAGCACACUCCAUGACUGUUAUCAUAUCUACAAUUUCCAUUUGUGCUGCAAUGAUAUUUGUGUUAAUUGCAGGACUGAUUUGCUGCCGCAGGCAGAAAAAGUUGAACAAUAAGAACAGGGAGGCGGCAGCACCCACCCUCACAGCUCUCCCAUCAGAGCUGCUGCUGGACAGACUGCACCCAAAUCCUAUGUACCAGCGAAUGCCACUUCUGCUAAACCAUAAGCUUUUAAACCUCGAGUAUCCCAGGAACAACAUUGAAUAUGUUAGAGACAUAGGAGAAGGGGCCUUUGGAAGAGUAUUUCAAGCCAGAGCUCCAGGACUGCUGUCAUAUGAGCCAUUUACCAUGGUAGCGGUCAAAAUGCUGAAAGAAGAAGCUUCUGCAGAUAUGCAGGCAGAUUUCCAGAGGGAAGCAGCACUUAUGGCAGAAUUUGACCAUCCAAACAUUGUAAAGCUUUUAGGUGUCUGUGCUGUUGGAAAACCAAUGUGUCUUCUGUUUGAAUACAUGGCCCAUGGAGAUCUAAAUGAGUACCUGCGACAUAGAUCACCCCGCGCCCUAAGUAGUCUAAGUCACAGCAGUCUUGCCGCAAAAGUCAGGCUAUGUGACUUAAAUCCAUCUCCACUAUCAUGUACUGACCAGCUCUGCAUUGCCCGUCAAGUGGCUGCUGGCAUGGCUUAUCUCUCUGAAAGAAAAUUUGUUCAUCGGGAUUUGGCCACAAGAAAUUGCUUGGUUGGGGAGAAUAUGGUGGUUAAAAUAGCUGAUUUUGGCCUCUCUCGAAAUAUAUAUUCGGCUGAUUACUACAAAGCAAACGAGAAUGAUGCCAUUCCAAUCCGCUGGAUGCCCCCAGAGUCUAUUUUUUAUAACCGCUAUACAACGGAAUCAGAUGUUUGGGCUUAUGGUGUGGUACUCUGGGAGAUAUUCUCAUAUGGUAUGCAACCAUACUAUGGCAUGGCUCAUGAAGAAGUUAUUUACUAUGUUAGAGAUGGAAAUAUUUUGUCAUGUCCAGAAAACUGUCCACUGGAGUUGUACAAUCUAAUGCGACUCUGCUGGAGCAAGAUGCCAUCUGAUAGGCCAAGUUUUGCUUGUAUCUAUCGCAUUCUAGAACGCAUGUAUGAGAGAGCUGUCUCUGCUGUUCAUGUGUGAAUAGGUGUGUCAUUGUGGGAUAAUCCUUCUCAAAAAAUAUAGGUCCUACUUUGUACCAGAUAAGAAUGGAUUAUAAAUGAGAGCCUAAAACCAUGGCACCAUAUGUAGGCACCAGAAGAUAGUGUCCUUACUGAAGGGUCAAAAGAAGAAGGAAAAACACAAUAAAACAGAGAUUAUUGUACUUACCUGGCCUAAUAUAUGAACUAAGUACAAAACCAAAUAGCUGGGAGAGCAGGAGGACUCAUUGACAUCUGGACCCUCCAAUAGUUCCUGGUACCCUGGUGGGCCAGUCUGACACUGCCCCUGAACAUUUGCACAAAUGAAGAUGCUAGUAUAUAAAUAAUAUAUUGCUUAAUAAACCGAUUUUUGUAAAUUAUCAGGAUAUCAAGAAUAAGUUCCUUUGAAGUACAUUACUACAACUGCAGGCUGUGUCCCCCAUCUCGGCUCAGCUAGGAAAAACUAAUAAUUAUCUAAUGAUCACUAAAUAAGUACAGCAUACAUAAAAAAAAAGGUACAGUACAGUGGUUUUAGUGUUUUAGCAUAUUAAUGUAUGACAUUUUAAAGGAGAGUACAGCAGUUUUAGAACUUUGAACACUAGGAGGAUAAUACUUUGGACAUCAUUGUGACAGUAUAAUAGAAGGGAGAUCUGUGUUCCUUAUAGUGGACGAGUAGUAUAUGAUAACUCUACAACAUUUUUCAUGGAAAAGUAAAAUCAAAGUUCAUAGCAAGUGUUGAACUAAUCUGUCCCGCUUAGCUUUGUCAAAAUAUUUGCGAAACUGCUGAAAAAUUCAUGAAAUGGCGAAAAAUUUGCAAAAGGAGGCUACUGCAUGACAUAUCCAACUUUUUUUACGUGGAGGCAACUUUUUGCUGCGACUACAACUUUUUUGCUGCAACUUAUUUGUGGUGACUUUUCCCUUAGUGAAUUUUUGUUGUGGUGAAUUUUUGGCGCAGCAAUUUUUUUUCCAGUUUCGCAACAAAAAAUUUGCCAAUAGUAAGAUGCGGACUUUAGCAGCCAAUCCAUGCCUGGCAAAAAGUUUCGCUCAUCACUAUUGAUAGCAAAUGUUUCUGCUCUUCAUGGUGACUUUCAUUACACUUAGGAGUGUAUUUAUUAUGCUGUGUAAAAACUUCACCGAAAAAAUGGAGUAAAAACCUGUGUAAAAUAAAUGGAAAAGAUCG